AAUUUCUCUUAGAUGAUUAUUUCGUUAGACUUUUCUCGCAUCAUUUUAAUGUUAUCUUGAUCAUGAUUUUUCUGAUCGGCGGUUUAACGUUUAAUAUUUUCGCUGCUGGUACCAACUGUCGUGAGCGUCUACAGCAUAUAUAAGAACAAAAAUUUUGCAAGUCAGUCAACAAUUUCUAUUCAGGUAACUGGUUGUAGAUUGUUGACUUUUUAUUCCUAAACAGGUAUUAGUGGACGGAGAAGUAAAACAAUGAUGCAUAUUAUAAUAACUACAGCUAUUAUUUUGGCUGUCACUGUAUUUGGUAAGGACUGUGAUAAAACAAAAGAUAUAGAAUGUUCUGGUUCAAAUAAAGCUGGAAUAAAUUUUAAUCAAGAUAUAGAAUGGAGUAAGGCAAAUUCUAUAUAUGAAUUUCAUGCAAAUGAUAUACAUGGUAAAGAUGUUUCAUUGGAUAAAUAUAAGGAUAACGUUGCUAUUAUAGUUAAUGUUGCAAGUCAAUGUGGAUUGACAGAUAUUAAUUACAAGCAGCUUCAAAGUUUAUUUGAAAAAUAUGGAGAAUCUAAAGGUUUGAGAAUUUUGGCCUUCCCAUCAAAUGAGUUUGCAGGACAAGAACCAGGAACAUCUGGAGAAAUUUUAGAUUUUGUGAAGAAAUAUAAUGUUACUUUUGAUAUGUAUGAAAAAAUUUUUGUAAAUGGAGAUAAUGCUCAUCCAUUAUACAAAUGGCUCAAAUUUCAAAAAGAAGGAAGUGGAACUAUUAUUGAUGGUAUCAAAUGGAACUUUACAAAAUUUUUAAUUGAUAAAAAUGGAAAAGUAGUAUCUAGAUUUGCACCUACAACCGAACCUUUUUCAAUGGAAGAUACAAUCAAAAAAUACUUGGAAUAACAUUGUUUG